GGGCGGCUUGGGAUGAUCAUGAAGCUCAACAUGUUAGUGACUGGCUCAGUUAGGAAGCAGCAGAAGUUGACUGCUUGCGCAAGGGUUGGGGCUCUUCUCUCCUAGGUUGUCAGAGGCACUCAGGCAUGCCGGUGAGUAGGCAGAUAGCAUCUAAGGUUCACAGCUGGGGCAAGAGGUCUUGGUGGCACACUGGGCUCUGGGCGUGCAACAUGGUGUUUGUGGGCAGCCUAGCUUUGGGGACUGGGGCCUGGUUUGUGGGAAGUUCUCACUGAGAGACUGGAUCUGGCUGAUGAUGACGGUAGGAAUCCCAGGUCAAGGUCUGGGCUUUCAGGUGUGAGUCAAGGGUCUACCUGAGAUGUUCUGAAAUGUUUGGAUGGUAGAAGUAGGUUGCUGGUGGUGCUGACAGCUGAGUGUUGCAAGCCACUUUGGAGGUGCUGGUCGAAAGAAGGAACCUUGCUGUACCUUUUUGGAGAAACUGAUUCUGGGUUUGGGGUAAACACAUGGUGUGAAGACAUACGAGGCAAGACUUUGUGCUCCUAGGAGAGAGCUUGUGGAGAAUUGGGCUGUGUGUAUAGGGAUGAAGAGAAUUGAGAGGAGCUCUGCAAGUGGUUGGCUUCCCUCCCUAGAGAGACUGGAGCAGAAUGUGAGAGCCCAGGAGGGUUCCUUGUCCUCCUUCCUGGUCUGGCCUCUGGUGACCAUAACCUGGAAUACGGGUGGGUCCAACCACCGAAGGAGCUUUCCAGGCUCAGCCCAUGAGCUGGUGGUAACAGGAGGAGGCCUCCAAGUGGAAUCUCAGAAUUUCACUUUUGGAGAUUUCCUUGGAUGAUGGCCUGCAUCUGACAGUCCCUCGACUCUUACUGGCUGAGCUCCCCUGGUCCUCAACAUUUACCUGGAAUGGCAGUCUGCCACACCCUGCCCAGCUGCUCCUUGACCUAUUGUGCUAUGCCUGCCUCUUCUGUCCACACCAGGUCUUCUGUGGGCACGUCCUUCCUUUGCUCCUGGCAUGCUUCGUGGCAGGUGCCCUUGGCAGGGCCCUAGUAACUCCGUCCAGAUGGCAGCCAGUUUCACCACUGCACACCUUUGGCAGCAGAGGGAUGGUACUUCACAACGUGACCCCUUGGCGGAUUCCUGGAUUGAGAGGCCCUACUGUGAGAACCCCAUGUUUAUAUGCACCACCAUGGAGCGGAACAGUACAAUUAGUGAUUCCUCUGGCAGUAAGCCUACGGAAAGGAGCCUUCCAGCUGGAAGCAUACCAGAUCCUUGGCCACUCAGGACAGACUUCCACUGGGUUCCUGGCUCUGUUGGAACCUUUGAUGGCUCUCCAUGACUACUACACUGCUUUUUUGGCUCAGCUGGGUGAUUAUAUGUCUUCCACUUUGAACACUCUUAGGACAAUCUCAGCUCUGUUUGUGAGAACCUCAGUUGACUGAUAGACCUGGCUUGGGCCUGGCCUGCUCCCUACCGCAGUAGUACCUUGCCUGAUGAUUAUGAACUCUUCUGCCAGGAUCUCGAAGAAGUUAUUCAGAACAGUUUUGUUGAGUACCAUGCCACUAUCUCCUACUUCACAUCAAGCCAGCCACCAGUGGUCCCAUGGCUGCCCACAGUAAGGCAAUACUUAGUUAGGUUCUCAGAAGCCCCAGCACUCAGUAUGGGUACUCCCCUGAGGCCUGCCUUAGCUGCUCCCUCCAAACCCUACUUGGUUGAGGUCUAACCCUAUAUCCAGGAGUGCCUGGCCCAUGAGAGCUCCCCUGGAUCCCGAGAGUCCUUGACCCAGUCUUGUUUUGCAUUUAGUCUUUAUUGUACUGCUGUGAGGCCUACUUGCCUCCCACCUAAAGGAGGCAGCUCCCAAACUUGUCUCGGUACGUUUAAAAUCUCAUAACGCCUCUUCUUGGAAGCUAGAAUCAGCUUAUCUGGGGAACUUAGAAUCUCAGAAACCAGAGAAGAGUUCUAAAACAUAAGGAGACCGAGAGUUGUAGCUGGGUAUCCCAUGGUUGGUGAACAGUGUCUCAAAGAUCCCACAAGAGCCACCCUGUUCACUACUUCUUAUCCCUGUGUUCUGAACAUGAUCUAGAUGUGCAGCAGUGCCCUUUGAGAUGAAAUGCUGUGCAUAAUGAGGGAGUCCCCCAGCUCCCAGACAGGACAGUGCUGUCUGACUCCACCUACCCCAUGGCUGGAUAGCUAGACAGAAAGGCAAGUGAGCUCUCCCUGCUCCCACUGGGAUGUGGGCCUGUGUUAGGCUCCUAGCUGAGUUCCUACCCCACACCUGGAAGUGCUGUUUUACUUGGCCAGUUUUACAGGAAAGGCUCUAUAGGUCAUUUAUAGCACUGUGUCCAGAUGCAGCCCCCACACAUAACAUUGGUGUUUCUCUGCCUCUGCCCUGCUCUCUGUGACUUCUGAUGCUGGGCUACAGUGGAAAGAAGCUGUUUGAAGGGAGCCUUUUUAAAUAUUUUGGUUGGUUUGGAUUUUUUUGUUUUUUGAGACAGUAUUUCACUAUGUAAUCUUGCCUGGUUUGGAACUUUAUAUAAACCAGACUGGCAUUGGACUCUUAGCCCGGCUGCCUCUGCCUUCUGGGUGCUGGAACUAAAUCUUUUUCUUUUUCUUUUUUUUUAAAAUGGUAUAUCUGUGGAGUAUAGUAUAAUUGGAUCUAUAGAUAUAUAAUGAUCCUAUCUGGUGAUUACCAUUUCCUGUUCGUAAAUGUUGAUAAUUUCUUUGUAUGGGAUUGUAUUUACACUCCUCUCAUGGUUCCUUAUAAAAAAUGAACUAUGUUAUUGCCAACUCUUAAGCAUACACUGUGUGGUGGAAGGUAUCUAAUUUUCCUGUCUUUUCCUGGUCUUCCCUGUCUUGUUACCAUUACCUGCCUUUUGUUUCCAUCAGAUCAGCUCUGAUAGCUUUCAAAUACAGAUACAAAUGCAUUUGGCAUUUGUGUCUCUACCUGUUUAAUUUACUUAACAGUGCCUUUGGUUCCAUGUUGCUUGGAUUUGUUUUUUGUUUGUUUUUGUUUUUGUAUUCUUGUUUUUUUUUAAUGGUUAAAUAACCUAUUGUAUGUAUAUAUUGCCUUUAAAAAAAACCCACUCAUCUGUCACUGCACACUUUGGUGGAUUUCAUUUCUUGUAAGCAGUGCAGAAGCAACCAUAUUCAUUCUUCUGAGGGAUAAGAUGACAUCGUGGCUGAGAACCAUACUUCCUGUGGCUUAUUUGAAGCCCUGGGCAGCUGGAAGGUUUGAAUGCAGGAGGGUAGGAUGUAAGCCUCUUGCUAGGUUCAACACUAGUUGUUGCCCUUUUUUACAGGCAACAUAGCCUGUAAAAAAGGUUAUGCUGAAAAAAGUCCCUACCCCCCCCUGCUUUGCAGAGUACACACAUACAUACACACACACACACACACACACACACACACACACACACAGAUUGAGCCUUUACGUCAGGGUUCUGCCAUAGAUAUGUGUUCCUGGAAGCAUUGCCGAUCUCAAUAAACACAAGUUGACUUAA